AUGGCGCCUGAACUACUCAAGAAACCGCCUCAGGCACCCCCUUCGUUUGUCGCGACACCGACGUCGAUUAUCGAGGACACGAAACGUUUGAUUGCGCGAUCCCGCAAGGUUCAAGAUGAAGUUGCCAACGGCGUGAAACCGGAGGAUGCCACGUUCAGCAAUGCUUUGCUCCCGCUUGCGCAUGACGAGAAUGCGAUGACGCUAGAGGCACACAUUAUCGGAUUCUACCAGGCUGUAUCUACCGACCAGAAGCUACGCGAUGCAUCGAGCGAGGCGGAGAAAUUGCUGGACGAUUUUGGUAUUGAGACUGCUAUGCGUGAGGAUUUGUUCAAGUUGGUGGAUGCUGCGCUUAAAAAGAAUGAGGAAUUGGACCCCGAAUCGAGAAGAUUACUGGAGAAGGAGCACAAGGAUUACAUCCGCAAUGGACUGGGAUUACCUGCUGGUCCGAAGAGAGACCGGUUCAAGGAGAUCAAAAAGAGACUCAGCCAGUUGAGCAUCGAGUUUCAAAAGACGCUUAAUGAAGAAAAUGGCGGUAUCUGGUUUACGCCUGCAGAGCUCGACGGUGUGCCCGAGGAUGUGCUGUCGGGACUCGAAAAGGGUAAAGAUGAGAAUGAGGGAAAGCUGCGGCUAUCAUUCAAGUAUCCCGAUCUCUUCCCGACGCUGAAAUAUGCGAAGAAUGCAGAGACGAGGAAACGUGUGUCAAUUGGGAACGAGAAUAAGUGCAAUUCGAAUGUGCCAUUGUUCAAGGAAGCGAUGGUUCUACGUGAUGAGGCCGCGAGGUUGUUGGGAUACCCCAAUCAUGCUGCUUUCAGGAUUGAGGAUAAGAUGGCCAAGACGCCGCAGACUGUGGACACCUUUUUGGGUGAUUUGAGGUCGAGGUUGACGGCUGGUGGGUUGAAAGAGAUUGAAAAGUUGAAGGAACUCAAAAAGGCGGAUGUGGAGUCUCGUGGAGAAAAGUUUGAUGGUCAUUACUUCCUCUGGGAUCAUAGGUUCUAUGACCGUUUGAUGCUGGAGAAAGAGUAUCAGCUGGAUCACCAGAAGAUUGCGGAGUUCUUCCCUCUGCAGACGACGAUUCGCGGUAUGUUGGAGAUUUUCGAGGAGCUCUUUGGGCUGGUGUUUGUUGAAGUCAAGGGUGAGGAUAGGGCUAGUAUUGCUACGUCUGGAAAGGGCGAGGAUAUUGUCUGGCAUGAGGAUGUGCAAUUGUUUAGUGUUUGGGAUGACGAGGCUCAGGGUAGUGGUUUCGUGGGGUAUCUGUAUCUUGAUUUGCAUCCCCGUGAGGGAAAAUAUGGCCAUGCUGCCAACUUUAACCUGCAGCCAGGCUUCAUUGACUCCAACGGCAACAAACGCUAUCCGGCCACCGCAUUGGUAUGCAACUUCUCUAAACCAACCGAGAAAAAACCCAGUCUCUUGAAACAUGACGAAGUCGUCACCCUCUUCCACGAACUGGGCCACGGCAUUCACGACCUAGUCGCAAAGACAAUCUACUCCCGCUUCCACGGCACCAACACCGUGCGCGACUUUGUUGAAGCGCCCAGCCAAAUGCUCGAAAACUGGUGCUGGACACCAUCUCAACUCAAGUCCCUGAGUCGACACUACUCUACUCUAUCGGAGGACUACCGCAAAGCAUGGUCCGAAUCAUCCGCUACACCUGACACACCCGCCCCCGAACGCAUCCCGGAUGAUGUGAUUGAAUCCCUGAUUCGCACCAAACACGUCAACGACGCAUUGUUCAAUCUACGACAACUCCACUUUGGCAUCUUCGACAUGACCAUGCACGAACCCGCUUCCCACGACGCAAUCAUAUCCCUAAACCCGACAGUAACAUACAACACCCUCCGCAAAGAAAUCUCUCAAAUCGAAGGUCCCGAAGCUCUCGGCCAGGGAGAUGAAUGGGGUAACGGCCAGGCAACCUUUGGCCAUUUGAUGGGCGGCUACGACGCUGGUUAUUAUGGUUAUUUGAGUUCGCAAGUUUAUUCGACGGACAUGUUCUAUACGAUCUUCAAGGAGAAUCCGAUGGACCCGGUGCAGGGUAGACGAUAUAGAAAGACGGUGUUGGAGAAGGGUGGUAGUCAGGAUGAGAUGAAGUCGUUGACGGAGUUUUUGGGGAGAGAGCCGAAGACGGAGGCAUUUUAUAAGGAUUUGGGGUUGUCUUGA